AUGUCCGAAGAACUAACUUUAAAUGAAUUAGUAGAGCAUAUUACCAAGAAUAAGCCUGUGCCAAAUAUAGUUCAUGUAGACGAUAUUGUGCUAGGUGAAGAGUUAACCACAAUAUCUAUAAUGGCCCCACGGGCAAAGCCAUGGGAAACAGCAUGUACACAUUCUCCAAAGAAUAUACAACCAGAUGAUAAUAAUGGGGGAAGCACUACGCUAGAUGCUGUAACAUAUAAUGCUGAAGAUUUCGAAGAUCUAACAAGAUACUAUGAUUUGGAAUCUCGAUAUGUGGCCUCGUUACAAAAAGAAACCGACGCAGAGCUUCCAGAUAGAACUAAAAAAAGAAUGAGAAUUAAGUUAAAUGUUGGUAAUUUCUUUCUAAAUAAUUUUAAAGUGCAUAUAAUGAUGUAUAACAGUCCAGUUCCUUCCCGAACAAUGUACCAAGUGACUAUAGAUCAUUAA